AGCACGCAGGACCGUACGCCCUUACGUCACGCGUUAGCAGCGGCUUGGGUGACGUAGUUGCCCCUGGUAACCUGGAGAGUCGUGGAGAGGAUGGGUCUGCUGUCUAUCUUGCGUAAGUUGAAAAGCGCUCCAGACCAGGAGGUACGGAUUCUGCUCCUGGGUCUUGAUAAUGCUGGAAAGACCACAUUACUAAAGCAGUUGGCGUCGGAGGAUAUAAGUCACAUCACUCCAACACAGGGAUUUAAUAUUAAAAGUGUACAAUCUCAGGGGUUUAAACUCAAUGUAUGGGACAUCGGGGGACAGAGGAAAAUCAGGCCGUACUGGAGGAAUUAUUUUGAGAAUACAGAUGUACUUAUUUACGUAAUUGACAGUGCAGACAGAAAACGCUUUGAAGAAACCGGGCAGGAACUGGCUGAACUGUUGGACGAGGAGAAGCUUAGUGGAGUUCCUGUGCUGAUCUUUGCUAACAAACAGGAUUUACUGACAGCUGCUCCUGCCUCAGAAAUUGCUGAGGGUCUAAACCUGCACACAAUCCGGGACAGAGUCUGGCAGAUUCAGUCGUGUUCAGCACUCACAGGAGAAGGAGUACAAGACGGAAUGAACUGGGUCUGCAAAAACGUUAAUGCAAAGAAGAAAUAACGAACUGAGAAGAGCCAUGGAAACGCACAAGACUGCUUUUACCGCGACAUUUUCACAUGCAGAGCACUCCGAGGUCACAGCAAACGCCUCCCUUUCCAAAGGACACAACACAAAUGCACUCUGUUGGCCUACAGUAGCUCAUCUGAAACAAAAGCAUGUCUACACUGUUUUUUAGCCUACUCGCCAUGUAUUUACUAUUCAACAAAGUAGUGUUGUAUAUUAGACGCCUGUGUAACCGAAGAUCUACUGUAGGUACAGAAAAGGUUACUUGUUGAAUGCCUUUUGUAGAAUUCUUGGCAUCCAUGGGUUAUGUAGGAAUACUGUUAAAUAGAAGCUGCUCUGUAUUAAUGCCCAGGUGACCUCUAUUCGCUAUACAAACAUUGCAGGUGUGGAAGGACUGGGGGAAAUGGCAUUGCUAGUUAUGUGUAAAUCUACCGCAGAUUCUAUAGAAAGGGACCAACACAUUUCAGCUACCCUUUAUGACCAAAGGUAUAAUAUUCACAGUAGUGUCCAUUUACACUAGAUAGCAUUCAGUUGCUUUAAAGGAAGUCUAACAGUUAUUUUUUUUUCCCCUAGUACUGCUACCAGAUUUAAAAGCCAAUUUCAUAUUUUGUGUUGUAUUUUACACUUAUGUCUAGGGUAAAACCAGAAACCUGGUAACGGUCCUGCUGCACCAUGCCCCCCCCCCCCCAACUUCAAUUACAGGCCCAUGGGCUACUGUUUGGGUAUAAAUUUGGCUCAGCUAUACAUGGUUCAACCUGCAAAGCUGCAUUGUCUAUUCACAGAGAGCUGGGAAUGCAGAGACUACAAGUCCCAUCUGACACUGCAGUAGUGGGACUCGUAGAUCUCAGUGGAGCACCAGUGCUGUGACAUCAUCCCACUUGACGUCCAUUGUUUACUCCUUCCAGCCCCAUAGUUGAAGACCGGUACUUCUGACUAAGGCUCCAUUCACACUAAUGCUUUUUUUUUAUGCAUUUUGCAGAAAUGCAGGGAAUUUUUUUAACAUAGUUU